AUGGAAUCAAUUGCCGCCGGCGUCAAGAAGCGUACCGGAAGACGAAAACCUGCACUGCUUCCCCAAGCCCGUGUACCGGUCAAAACGAUCAAGCUAGACCCUGAGUCUCAAUCAGCACCUCGUUCUGUUAAUACAUCCCAACGUUUGCAACCGAGGCCAGUUGAAAAGAGAAUUGAGAUGUUUCUGGGUGAUAAUAGAGUUUGGAAUAACAUUGACACGCAUGGAAUCAUGGUACAGUUUUGGAAUCCUGUAGAAACCGUCAGUGGUCGAACCCUGCUUACUGCUGCAUCAGAUAAACUCUGGAAGCUCCGAACCAACUUUAUGCAACUCUCUAGGUAUAGGUUGCUUACUGUUGAUUAUCAGUACUGGAUGGAAGAUGAUGAGAGUCAGCUUAGCCCUGUUGGGAGAGCCUUCAAACACAAUUCCCCCGAAUAUUGUCCCGACGUAUCCUGUUACUCCAUUCAGGAGUUUCCCCUUAGGGAUCUUGCUAAGAAAUGUGGCAUUUGCCAGUAUUGGGCUUUGCCACUUUGCGAGGUUGAUGAUCCACAGAAAUGUAUUGGUGUACUUGAGUUUGUAUCAGAAACAUCUACUCUAAGAGAUCCACUCCCGUUCAACCUGAUCAUCAAUGGAAUUGAGGCGGCAGAUCUUGCUUGUUCAGGUUUACAUCCUCUCAAAAUCUACCGCUGCAAAUGUCGAAGCAGGAAAGUUGUUUCUCAAAUGCUCAUGGAUGACGGGCUGAAAUUUGUAGGGAAAAUACACCGAUUACCUGUUAUUCUGGUUUGGGUUCCUUGCAUGUGCGACAUUCCCGGGGAUGACAAUACCGGUAGUUUUGCAAAGGCAGAAAGUAGGAUUACUAAAUUGCUCCCUCAUUUGAUGUUCCUUGGCUGUAAAAUGCUUACUUGCGAAUAUGUUGAAUUGCUUAAUCAAAUAAGUUGCUGCCCAGCUUAUUGGGUUGCAAAUGGAAGAGGUUUGGUUGGAAAAGCAUAUCAACUAAAGAAGCCUUGCUUCUUGAGAGAUAUAAGUGGACUUAGCAUCUCUGAUUACCCUUUGGUUCAUCUCAUUCGUUCAUCUGGUCUUGCUGCAUCAUUUGCUAUUCCCUUGCAGAUCAUUAAUCCCGAACUUCCACCUUUGGUAUUACAAACGUUUCUUCCAUCGCAGCAUCACUGUGAUGAAAAUCUGGAUGCACUUUUGAAGUCAUUACUGUCCACUGUGUCUCAGGAAGUCUCAGCACACAAUGUUGAUUUUGGAAUGAGACCAAAUGAGGAAUUCUGUGUUAGAAAGUCUCAAUUGGAUGUUAGUAAUAUUGUAUACUUUGACGUACAUCGAAGUGCUGUAACUUUGGAUAGCAGCGAAGCCUUAGGCAGUGUGGUAAAAGAGCAUAUACCAUCAUUAAAUCCAGCCAGUGUUGGCAACUUUGUAAAUGAUGACAUAACUGCUAGAAAGAAAAGCUCCAGUCCUGCAGCUGAUCCCAAUGCACAAGAUAAACCCGAGAGUUCUGAGGAUCUUUCUGCAAGUAGGAAUGUCAUAAUCACCUUAGAUGAUCUGAUGCAGCAUUGUGGUAAGAAGCUUGAAGAUGCAGCAGCAGCACUUGGAGUUACCGGACCUACCCUAAAACGUAGAUGUGAGGAACUCGGCAUGCAUUGGUGGCCUCAGCUCAAGAAACACAGAUGUGACGGCAUUCAAUUAGACCCGGAACUCCCAAGUAUAUCUGUUGAGGCGGUUGAGGGUGAAGUCACCAAAGCAUCUGAGAUUGGAGCCACUCCAGAUGGCAAUGCAAUAGGAAAAGAGGCCUCAGCAGGAAAUCCUCUCCCAACAAAUACAAUGAGCAAAGUUGAGAUUGAUGGCAGUUAUACCAUGAUAGUCGAGGCAACCCACAAAGAGGAUACUGUAAAAUUUCCCAUCAGCAGUAACUUUGGAAUUGAAGAAUUGCGUGAAGAACUAGCUGAAUCACUUGGAAUAAAAGGUGAGAAGUUCAAAAUCAAGUAUGAGGAAAAUGGCAAACUGUUGAUGAUUGCUCGCGAGAAAGAAUUACGCUACCAUAUGGAUGGUUUGAAAUCAUCAGGCCAGACCGUGAUGUAUCUGUCGGUUGUUCCAUCCACCUAG